AUGCGAGCCUUUGCCAUUAUCCUCGUCCUAGGAAUUGCCCUAUCAACCCAAGCGUUGAGCUCUCAAAGAAAGCUCAUUCCUCGCUGCAUCGAUGAUAACAAGCAGCUUAUGAAAGGCGAGGUUACUGUCACUCAAGUAUACGAAUCCUGUACUGUUGCCACCAAAAGUGUUAAGCAGAGCUGUGAAUCCAACGAUAGCCUCAAGCUCCAAGAAUCCGUCUCCAGCGUUCAAGUCUAUGUGGUCCAGCUGAAGACUAUCGUCGAAACCUUCGAUGACCAUCACGCGGUCAUCCACAAAACGACUGUGGUUGAGAUCUUCGCCACAUACUUCUCGAUGAUCGACACGAUCUCAAAAACUAAAGACGGGAAACAAGUUUGCAAAAAACAACUGGUUCAGAUCAAUGAGGCUUUCCUAUCGAUCAGUUCAGUGUACAUCGCCAUGGGAAUAGAUCUUCGAGGCGAAUUCAAAGGCGACUCGAACUACAAUGAAGAUGCCUUCAAACAAUUGGACUUGUCCCCCCCCUUUGCUCAAAACGACCCCAAGCCCUCGAGUGCCCACGCCCAAGAUACCUCGCCAACUGAUGUCCAAGAUAAUGACGCCGCGCCUACCGAUGUCCAAGAAAAUGACGCCGCACCUUCCGAUGACGAAGAAGAACAGGACAAGUAA